CCUGCAGGGCAGUCAGGACGCGAUGGUUACCCGGGGCCUCUUGGUUUGGAUGGCAAACCUGGACCUCCAGGACCAAAAGGAGAAAAGGGUGAAGCAGGGGACAUCGGCCCAAGGGGCGAUCAAGGUCAAGAUGGAGCCACUGGCCCCCCUGGUCCGCCAGGACCCCCAGGUGCUCGGGGGCCUCCUGGUGACACGGGAAAAGAUGGCCCAAGAGGACCUCCAGGCCCCCUUGGUUUCAAAGGCGAGCCGGGAGAGGAUGGCCUCAUGGGUGCCAGGGGACCUCCAGGACCAAAGGGUGAGCCCGGUAUCCAAGGGAAAAAGGGUGAUGAUGGGAUCCCUGGGGAACCAGGACUUGUGGGCCCUAAGGGAGAAAAAGGAAGCGUGGGACCCAAGGGAGAGAACGGCACAGAUGGCUCGCCAGGACCCAAGGGUGAACCUGGUGAGAAGGGAGGAAUCGGCUCCAUCGGACCCCGGGGUCCUCCCGGCCUGAAAGGAGAACAGGGUGACACCGUAGUGAUUGACUAUGACGGCCGGAUCCUGGACGCGCUCAAGGGUUCACCGGGUCCCCCAGGGCCACCAGGCCCCCAAGGCGCUCCAGGUCCCAAGGGAGAGCUGGGCUUGCCAGGUCCACCAGGACUGGAUGGUGAAAAGGGUCCCAAAGGAGCAAAGGGUGACCAGGGCAGCGUGGGGAUCGCGGGACAGAAAGGAGAGACAGGAGAAAUGGGCUUAUCGGGUCCACCGGGAGCAGAAGGGCCAAAAGGAGACAAAGGAGAAAAAGGAGACACUGGCUCACCGUGUUUGCAGAAUAAUCAUAUCAUACCCGAGCCCGGACCCCCUGGAUUACCCGGCCCUAUGGGUCCUCCAGGAAUCCAGGGGCCUAAAGGCUUGGAUGGUGCAAAGGGAGAGAAAGGCGACAGCGGUGAGAAAGGAGACCACGGUGACACUGGACCCGCUGGCCUCCCGGGUGCUCCAGGGCUCAUCGGUUUACCCGGUACCAAAGGCGAGAAGGGAAAGCCAGGGGAGCCAGGACUGGAUGGUUUCCCAGGUCUCAGAGGAGAGAAAGGAGAGAGAAGUGAAAGAGGCGAGAAGGGUGAGCGCGGAAUACCGGGGAGAAAAGGAGCCAAAGGGCAGAAGGGGGAACCGGGCCCUCCCGGACUGGAUCAGCCUUGUCCCGUGGGGCCAGACGGACUGCCAGUAGCAGGAUGUUGGCAUAAGUGAUCUCUAAGCAUGAAGCACAAUAUGUAAAUAAUGUGAUAUAUUUUGAUCUUUUUAAUUUUUGUAUAAAAAAAGGAAAAAAAAAAACAUUUUUCAACAGUAAUAUAUUGACCUUUUUUUAUACUGGAUUCUGUCAUUUAUGGACUUGGAAAAUAUUGUAAAGCUCCCGAACCCGUAAGAUCCGCAUGGCAACAUCAGGAUUUGAUACAAGUACCAAGGACCAUAGCUGGGAAUGACCAGUACUCACUGCUCACUAACAGUACUGAGACAGCGUGUUGCUUCAUGUGCCUUAUUGCAUGAAGGAGGGAGAAAUCCCUGUCCUAAUUUGGCUCUCAACUCUGUCUUUUGCGUUGCACAUGCACGUUAAAAGGGUGAAAAAAACUGGCUGAAAACAAAAAA